CAGUCAUGGCUAGUAAAGACAAAGACUACAGGUUGAUCACACUUAUAUCAGACAUUUGUCCUUUGCCUUUGAGAAAGUAUUUCUUAAACUUGGCACAAUCAGACGCUAGUCCAGGCGUACCUUUUACUACACUUGAUACUUACAUGACAUUUCGCAAAUUAGAUGUUGAGAAACUUGUGAAGCUUCCACCAAAAUCCAUACGGAAAGAUCAAUUUAACUUGAUAUAUCCGAAUGCUGACGAAACAAAAUGGGACGUAAGCUUACUAUCGAGUCUAUUACUUGGACUGUUUGGGAGACAGAUGCUAAAUGGUGAGGAUCAGUAGAUAAAAAUUAUCCGUGAAAUUCGCAACAAGCGCCAACACAAGCCGGGAAACAUAGUUACAGAAGAUAGUGAAUUUGACACAGUUUGGAACGAUAUUGAGACAGCGACUCUAACGUUAGCCCAGAUUGUUGGAGGAAGAACGUAUGAAGAUGAGAUAAGGAACCUUAUAGAAGAUGUUAAGAUUAACAAUCUUCCGAGACUUGGUGACACACUUAAAUCUUGGUACGAGGAUAUCAUUGUUCAACUUCGAAGUGAAAUUGAAGAACUCAAAGACACAUCCAAUAGGUCGCUAGGGAUCCUUGAGGCAACCACAGUAAAGCGAAAAUCUUCCUCAGGUGGGAAGAGUAAAAGACAGAAAAUAGAUGACCCUGUUCUAAAGAAGUUAAGAGGUCAUUUUGAGCAAACACUGGCUAGAGAACUUCCUGAAGAUUUUGAGCCGCACGAAGAAGAAGGCGCAGUUCGGCGUAAAUUGCAAGAUAAUCACUACGUCGUGGUUAGCGGCCAUGAGAACACUAGUUACCUUGCAACUGUAUUAUCUGCCAUCAAAAGUUCGGGCAACUACCUCAUGCCCAGAUGUGUUGAAAUAAAAAAGUUAGACGAUUGGAGACAUGUGGACCCGGAGGAAACGGAUCUUGUGAUAUACUGCGAACCUUUCCAUGACCGUGUUGUUAUAGACGACCCUCGAAGCCGGAGAGAAUUAUGUGAUACAUUUCAAAGCAUGCAAGAUUCUGCUAAAAUGCCAGACAAAGAAUCUAGAGUAGAUGUUGUGAUAGUGUCAGAACAUUCAAUGGUUGAAGCCUGGAAGGAACACAAUGACAUGCAAUUAUUUGAAGAUGUCGUAGAGCUGUAUCGACCAACAGCAGAAGAAACCCCACUUGAUGUCGAAAAACGCUAUAAAUCGUGCAAGAGACGUGGUGCUGGCGAUGUUCUGGGAAAUAUGCUAGCUUAUUCAGAUGCAUACAUUAAACAAUGGAGAACUGACGAAAUAGACCAAGCAUUGAUGGAUUCAGCGAAAGAGAAGUUCAAGAAAAAGGCACUCGUAAUCACCGGACCUAAGGGAAGUGGGAAGACCAAUUUUGCUGUGAAUCUUGUGUCCACUUGUUAUGAGGAGAAUCAAUGUGUAGUUCUUACAGAAACAAGUGAAUGGAAACACGUGAUCCUCGGUGAAGUCAGCGUAAUAAUUAUUGACGAAUUUGCAGGCAAAUUCAAAUAUAACGCAUCCACGACUGAAGGAUGGCUAAAUAAGUUUGACUUGAUCUAUGCUGCUGUGGUCCAAGGAAAAGUCAAUGUGAUAGUAACUUGUGAAACAACCCGUUUUAAGAAGGUAUUAAAGACUUAUUCUGGACAUGCUCUGCUGAACCACAGAAUCCAGAUGCCAGGUAGAGGUACUGGAAACAUUACAGUUAAGGAGGAACCCCUAUCUCCAUUUUCUGAUUCAUCAGAUACUCCCGAAAUGGAUGAAGCAGUUGUCACUUAUUCAAGGGAAGAUAAAAGAGAGGCUCCAGGGCGAAAUGUAAAAGAAAACUUGCCCGAAUAUAGGUCAAUCAGAGACAUAAACAUUGAUAUAGCUCUGUUUGACUAUUGUGAAAUGCCAGAUGGGACGGUUGUCUGCAUUGGAUACUCUAGAGCCGAUGUUUUAAAAGAAUAUAUAACAAAGCUUAAUUUGAGAAAUUGUACGAUGGAGGGACCUUUUAAACUCGAUUAUCAGUUAAAUUGUAUAUCCUUUCCCGAAGGACAGGAGAUUAUUAUCUUCACGCAGGAAAAAAACAAGAUGCAGCAUGCGACCGUUAAUGACUCGGGCAUAGAACUUGGAGAAAUUAAAAACAUACCGGUUAAUCAAGGCUGGAAGAAGGUGCGCGUACAUGGAGGGAAAUACAUUAUAUGCACGAAUGUGUCUGUUUGUAUUUAUGACCAGACCUGGAAACGUAUUCGUGAAAUUACGCACGAUCGCGAUAAUAAUCCUUUAUUUUAUGACACCUUACCCUCUAGUGAAAGCAAACAAAGUAAAAACAGACAUAUUACAGAUAUUACAACAGGGGAAGAACUUUUCUUUGUCAGCUCAAGGGUGAAAAUUGUGGUUUGUAAUUAUGAUGGAGAUGUAACGCGGGUAUUUCGAGCUGAAGCAAAAGGCAUUGCCGUUUAUAGCGAGCAACUGCUACUCACAUGGUCAGAUCACAUAGUUUCAGUCUAUUCCGUUACAGGAGUAUUUAAAAAAAUGCUGCUUCAUGAAAACCACAUGAGUAGUUUGUUUUAUUCAAAAAAGAAUAAAAUGUUGUUCCUUAGAAAAUUCGAUAAUGAAAAAAUAGUUUGUAUUGAAGAUAGCUCUACUUGAAAUUGACAUGAUUUAUAAAUGGCAAAAAAUGUGAUAUCCUAACUAAUUACAAAAUCACUUUCCACCACAAGAAGUUAUGAUAUUCGUACAUAUAUAUUUACUACCGAUAAAAUUUAAGCAAUUAAACUAUUAAAUUUGAAUGAGAGAUUUAUUCUGACGCACCUUGGGUUCAUAUUCAUCAACGUUUAAAGUAUAUAUUAUUAUUAUUAUAAUAGAGUUACACCUUUCAUUUUGCACGAGUGAUUGUUAUAUAAGUAUAAACUACGAGGUCUUAAGUAUGCAGCUAUAGGUUGCUCAGAAAAGUUUUAUGGUACGAAUAUGCUAAGCUAUAACAAUAAGUGCAUGUUGAAUGUUUCCGAGUUUCAUUCUUUGAACGUUGAUGCAUGCGUGUCUAGUUGUCAGAAGUGUCUUAAAUUUUUUUACCUUGGCGAAAUCCAUCUCCGAAGUUGUGUUAUUGCAAUAGUAAUAAAUACAAAUAUUUUUUCUGGCGAGUAUAUCCUAAUUUUAUUCCCGAGUUAAGAAGAUAUGAGUAUAAACAGCAGUUUGUGAAACUGGUAUACGCAUUCAAUAUUUGGUAGAAAAAAAAAAUCACUAGGUACCUGAAAACCAGUACAGCAGACAUAAAAUGUCUAUUUUCAAUUUUCUAUUUUCAAUGUGUACCAGUAUAAGAAUAUUUUACUUGUUCAAAUCGUGCAUUUCAGAUUUUCAUUUUUGCAGAGCCUGUCUUUUGUUUUGUAUCAAAACAUUACUUUUGAAAAGACGAUACUUUUAUAAGCUUUUGUCAAACAGAAAUUUUUCGAAACUUGAUGCUCUUUGGACAUCAGAUUUUGUUUAAAGAUGUGCUAGUCCAAACAGUAGGCCAGUCUAUACGAUCAUUCCGACAUAAACCUUUACAAAAAAUACUUCUUUUAGUACUAGAAGGGCGCCCGCCCGGUUAGCUCAGUAGGUAGAGCGUUGGUCUACGGAUCUCGGGGUCGUGAGUUUGAUCCUCGGGCGGGUUGUAUGUUCUUCGUGACUAUUUGAUAAACGACAUUGUGUCUGAAAUCAUUAGUCCUCCACCUCUGAUUCAUGUGGGGAAGUUGGCAGUUACUUGCGGAGAACAGGUUUGUACUGGUACAGAAUCCAGGAACACCGGUUAGGUUAACUGCCCGCCGUUACAUGACUGAAAUACUGUUGAAAAGCGGCGUUAAACCUAAAAACAAAAAAAAAAAGUACUAGAUGGUCAAAUGUACUGAAACUCGUGCUUUUUGUUUAAUAUUAUUUUGUUUAAGUUAGAUUAAGAGUCGCAUCGAUAUAUUUCAAGUCAUAUGGCGGUAUUCUCAGCUUUGACGGCAGAGAAAGAUGCCGGGUAUACCUCAAAAUAUUGUUUCUGGCAUGGACAGGCACCUGGGUAGAACCAACAACCUUCCGUAAGCUAGGUGGAUAUCUUCCUCACAUGAAGACUUCUACAUCACAAUCGAGGUUUUGAGCCCAUAUCGGUGAUUGUCAAGUGAUCAUAACCACUUGGCAACGUAGGACCCCGACUGCAAAUUUGGUGGUUCUUCUUAGAAUACAAACAAAUUAAGUCGGCAUCUGAAGGAUUCUUGUUGCUAGGAAUAAAUAGGAAACAUUAUGGGAGAAAACUUUCCUGAAAUCCAAAUAGCUGUAGCUUAGUAUUUAGUUUAUUCUUUUUAACUUAUUUUUAACGUGUAUCAAACUUACACACGUUAUGACCAUGGGAUAAAAAUCAUUAACCUGGAGUAAAAAGUGGCCACUUGUUUUACAUCUAGACAUACCGUAACGAAGUUCAAUUCCUUCGAUUAUGACGAUAUGUCUUGACACUUUCGAUUUGUAACAUUUAUAAUCUAUAAUAAUUUAUAUGAAAACCUAGACUUUGAUAAUCUAUUUCAUUGUCAUUGAAAAAUAAAUUCAAGAUAUCAGCUGCAACAUCAGAUACUAUAGACGGAUGUGCAUUUAGGCGUUGCAAAUACUUCGCGUAUUUUGUAUUGCUUGAAAUUUUAUGGUUGUUUUACGUUGUUUUUUGUUGCUGUUUUUUUUUUCAGUAAAACAACCGAAAUUUCAGGUUGAGAUCAUUACAAUACAUCUUUUUAUUAGGUUAAGUGUGUAUUAUUCAAAUACGCUUGGCUGGUUUGGUAUUUGGACCAGUUGAAUAGAAAUAAGAAUACGUAUGAAGAUUUUGAAUUACUUAAUGAAAUUCGUAAAUAAAUUGUAUUUCAAACUGACCUGGGUUUAUUCUUUAUAAUUAGUAUUGUAGUGUGAUUGUCAGUAACGUGUCAUACAAAGUGUUUAAAGUCUUCCUUCGGAUUGCGAUCAACAUGUGUAAGUUUUCUUUUUUUUUCCAAUAUUUAUGUCAUUUUUUAUAAUUGCUCAUUAUUGUUAUUAUGAAGUAAAACCAGUGAUUGGUCGAGUUUUAUGCGUUAUUUAAUCAUAAAACACCCAUGUAUAGUUCAUCAUCAUCUCUACUUACCGCUUAACGUAAUCAGAGAUGCGUUUCAGUUUGUGCAUCUCAAAUUUCCCUUAUUUUUGUUUGUUUGUUUGUACAGCCUAGCAAAUUGAUGUAUAUGUGUGUAAAUGUUUUUGUGUAUCCUCAUGUCACAAUUGUAUUUGUUCUGGGAGUAUUAAAUUAACUGUAAACUGUAA